GACUUCCGCCUCUGACAUCACAGCUUUCAGAAAAAGAUGGCGUCGCCCUGUGUGCGGACCGUGGGCUCGUUUCUGGGCAAAUGUGGGAAUUGCAGCUCGAGUUUUAACACAAUCUCGUCACAUUUAACCCGACAGGUCAUCAGCAGGCAGAUAUGUGUGAGCUCUGCCCUCCACAAGAAGAACCUGGCUGCAGCAGGGCCAGAGAAAUUCACCAUAGAGUUCAUCCAGAAGCAGGUGGAGGAGUUUAACGUGGGGAAACGGCACCUGGCUAACAUGAUGGGAGAAGACCCGGAGACCUUCACUCAGGAGGACAUAGAUCGGAGCAUCGCCUACCUCUUCCCCUCCGGCCUGUUUGAGAAGACAGCGCGGCCUCUCAUGAAGCAUCCGGAGGAGAUAUUUCCCAGACAGAGAGCCGUCCAGUGGGGAGCGGACGGCCGGCCGUUCCACUUCCUGUUCUACACGGGCAAACAGUCCUACUACUCCCUGAUGCAUGAAUCAUACAGUAAAAUCCUGAACAUCGAGAAGCACCAAGAUCGUCUGAGAGUGAAGGGACUCUUCAAUCCAUUGGCCAAACAGAUCUCUUUUGGAACAAGUCGGUGGCUCACGAAGGAGGAGCUGGAGGCUCUGCUGGUGGAGACCAUCUCCCCUCAGGAUUAUGACCGCUUCAUCCAGCUGAUGGAGCGCCUGCUGUCGCUGCCGUACUGCGCCACACAGGAGGAGUUUGUAAUGCAAUACAGACGGCAGCUGGAGGUGCAGUCCAGGAAGCAAAUGGUGCCGCCGCUGCAGAGGGACGAGCGGGGCGUGGCCUUCAGCACCGCAGAGGGUCGGAGGAAGUCGUCAAACUCCUCUGUCGUCCUCAGAGACUGUGGCACAGGAAAAAUCAGCAUCAACGGCGAGGACUAUCAACGCUUCCUCAACGUCAUCCAGGACAGAGAGCAGCUGAUGUUCCCGCUGCAGUUCAUGGACAUGCUGGGGCGCUUUGACAUCGAGUGCACCGUCAGCGGAGGAGGGCGGUCUGGCCAGGCGGGGGCGCUGCGGCUUGCCGUGUCUCGAGCGUUGCUUAGCUUCUUAUCUGAAGGGGAGGUGGAGAUCAUGAGACAAGCUGGCUUGUUGACCGCUGACCCCAGAGUGAGGGAGAGGAAGAAGCCGGGCCAGGAGGGCGCCAGAAAGAAAUUCACCUGGAAGAAACGUUGAGGAGGAAAAUCAUCUCACCUGAAUGCAAACAUCAAACACUCACAGCGACUGUAAUCUCUGUAAUCUUCAAGGCUGAAUCAUCCAUGUGUAUUUAAAGUCCAGGGAGGAGACACCUUUCACUGACUCCUGCAGGGUGUCAAGAUGCUGCAGUGAGCCUGUUCAGCCAGCAGAGGGCAGCCUGGGACAAGGAAUGAAAGGAAGAGUGGAAUAUUUAUCAGUUUAUUGAACAAUAAAUUAGAUUUUUGACAUUA